AUGAGUCCCGACUCGUUUUCAAUCGUGCGUUUCACUAGGCAAUCGUUGCGAAACACCCCCGAUCCUUUGAACGAUGUCGGCCUGAAGAUUUGCUCUGCUCCAGGGGACGGAAAGACAGGUCAUUAUGAACGCCCCGAACUCGAUUGGGCGCUUGCGAUUGCUAGCGAACAGCUUCAAAAGUUGGACCUCGGAACCGCGAAGAAGCAUAUUCGCCGCAUCCCGUGGUCCGGGGAACUAGUCCAUUCGCAGGACCGACCUCCCCCACUGCCCCCCUGGCGUCAUAGCACUAGCGCCUAUCCGCUCUAUCAAAGAGACAAUCCCCCUCCGAAUGAUGUGGACCUUAGCAUUUCUACUGGAGGGGACGGAAAGGACCCCAAGAAGUUACCGGACAUCAAGAUCCAUAUAACAAUUGCGCCCAUCCAGACGUCUCCCAACAGAAUUGCUCAUCUGUGCCAACGUACUCUGGGAUCGAGUUUAUUGUGGAUCAUACGACCUGUGAUCUCUCGAUGCGUGAUUCCAUUGCAUCUCCUUGAAGAUCCGGUAACGAAGCAAUGUCUCGAUGCCCUCGCUGUCCAAUACCCUACUCUUCGUAGGAUAGUGGUCAGGACCAACAGCGCUGCGGACCAAUUCCCUGUCCUUCGACAGAACACGCGUAACCGCCAGCCCCGAGAUCAGCUCAGCCACAUGCUAGGUCAUCCACGAAGCCGCUUGUGA